UGCGCGCGUCUCUUCCUCUUUAAGAAGGCGGAUUCGCCUCUGAACACACUGUGUUUGUUACGAGCCUUGAAGCGGCACAUGGAAGCGACACAGUCAAAUCCCUGUCUCUGAAUAUGGCGAAACUUACUGGCACUGACAGCACACGGAACGGCCGGGAAGUUUUUUUGAAUUCUGCUUUUCAUUACGAUGAAGAGUAAAUGAGUUGUCACGUUUUCUGUACGUAUAUCUGAGGUUGUAUCAACUAGUUUCAUCAUAUGGUUCUUCUGCUGCCACACACGCGCCUGUAAAUGCGACAGCGCUGGCGACUCCCGUCUGAUCUGACACUCACAGCUGGAUAUUAUCGGCUGUUUAGGAGCAACUCUGGAGAGCAGAAAACAGGUCAGGAGAGCAGAGACUGAGAUGGAAGUGCUGUCAAGCCCUAACAGACGCCAGUAAGCGGGUAGAUUCAGUGAAUUAGACGCGAUGGCAGCGUCCAGCAACUCAAGUCUGUCGGGUUCCUCCGUCUCUUCGGGCUUCUGUAUUUGGACUUCGGAGAAUGAUUCAGAUCCUGAAGAUUAUCAGCCACCGAUAUGGAAAUCGUACUUGUACCAGCUACAGCAGGAAGCACCAAGACCAAAGAGGAUCACAUGUCCUCAGGAGAUGGAGAGCAGACCCAAAUACUAUGGAAGAGAGUUCCAUGGUCUGAUUUCCAGAGAGCGUGCAGAUGAACUGCUGGCUGGUACAGAAGGUGCUUACCUCAUUAGAGAGAGUCAGAGACAACCAGGAACACAUACACUUGCUUUGAGAUUUGGUGGCCAGACUCUGAACUACCGACUCUUUUAUGAUGGAAAGCACUUUGUGGGAGAGAAACGUUUCGAGUCAGUUCAUGAUCUGGUUACAGAUGGCCUCAUUACUCUCUAUAUUGAGACAAAGGCAGCAGAAUACAUCGCUAAGAUGACCACAAACCCCAUCUAUCAGCAUCUGGGCUACACCUCUCUCCUGAGGGACAAAAUCACUCACCAACUCAACCAGACCCGCUCUGAGCCCAAAAAAGUUACUUUCCAGCAGGAUGAAAAGAUCAGCCCGUCACCACUGAGCCGACGGACCACAAUCAAGGAUGGACCGGAGAAACACUGCAAUUAUGAAAAGAUCCACAACUUUAAGGUACACACCUUCAGAGGGCCGCACUGGUGUGAAUACUGUGCAAACUUCAUGUGGGGUCUUAUCGCCCAGGGCGUCCGUUGCUCAGACUGUGGGCUGAACGUGCACAAACAGUGCUCCAAACUCGUGCCCAGUGACUGUCAGCCGGACCUCCGCAGGAUCAAGAAGGUCUUCAGCUGUGAUCUCACAACGCUGGUCAAAGCCCACAACACGCCACGGCCGAUGGUUCUGGACAUUUGUAUCAAAGAGAUCGAGCACAGAGGUUUGAAAUCAGAGGGUCUGUACAGAGUGUCAGGCUUCACAGAACACAUAGAAGAUGUCCGACUGGCCUUCGAUCGAGAUGGUGAGAAGGCAGACAUCAGUGCCAAUAUGUACCCAGACAUCAAUAUAAUUGCCGGAGCUCUGAAGCUUUAUUUGCGAGAUCUGCCCAUUCCAGUUAUCACAUAUGACGUCUACUCCAAAUUUAUUCAAGCUGCCAAAAUAACAGACCCUGAUUCUAGACUGGAGGCAGUUCAUGAUGGUCUCCUCCAACUUCCUCCAGCCCACUAUGAGACCCUGCGGUACCUGAUGACGCACCUGAAGAGGGUUACCAUGCACGAGAAGGACAAUUACAUGAACUCAGAGAACCUAGGAAUCGUUUUUGGCCCAACACUCAUGCGGCCCCCGGACCUGAACACACUCACCACUCUCAACGACAUGAGAUACCAGAAACUGAUAGUUCAGCUCCUGAUAGAGCAUGAGGACAUCUUGUUUUAAACAGCUGAAAUGAAGACAUCUUUUAAAGACUUUAAAGAGCGUGUACAUUUAAAAAAGCAGCCUGCCACACAUUUCAAAGAAAUUAUGUUUUCUCUUUUGUCUACAAAAUUUGGACUUAUAUGCACAUUUCACUCAAUGUGUUUCAAUUCCCCAAACAAAUACUGUUAAGCAUGGAGUAAAUGAACAUUCAUGCUAAAAACAGAAUUACUUAUUAUUGGGCAUUUUGUUUAAAGGAGUAGUUCACCCAAAAUGAAAAUUUCCAGAAACUUUGAAUGUAGAUGAGUUUGUUUCCCCAUCAGAACCGAUUUUGAGAAAUUUAGCGUUACACACCUGCUCACCAGAGGACCCUCUACAGUGAAUGGGUGCCGUCAGGUUCAGAGUUCAAACCGCUGAUAAAGACAUCACAAUAACCCACAAGUAAUCCACAUGACUCCAGUCCAGCAAUUAACAUCUUGUGAAGUGAAAAGCUCUUAACAAGAUGUUAACUGAUUAUGAUAAUUGAUGAACUAGAGUGUGGAUUAUUGCAAUGUUUUUAUCAGCUUUUUGGACUCUUGUUCUGACGGCACCCAUUCACUGCAAAAAGGAUCCAUGGGUGAGCAAGUGAUACAAUGCAAAAUUUCUAAUUUAUAAUUUAUAAUGCAAAAAAGGCAAGACAGUUAAGAUCAUGUGUAAAGCACUUUUUAAUUUAACAUGGAGUGUAAAUAGAUAAUAUUUUGUUCACCCGGUGUUAAUAAUGCUGUGUUUAACCCAUGCCUCCUUCAAAUUAUAUUUUGUUAGCCCUGACAACAAUUAAGUGAUCUACGUUAUCACCCUGUGAAUGGAAAAAAUGGUUUUGUGAGCUUUUAUUUAGUGCCUGUUCCUUCCUUCUUGGACUUGGUCCCAUUUCAAUGAUUUCGCUAAACAAAAUUACGUGUAUUGUGUUCAUCUUGGACUCCUGAGACAAGAUCAGUUAUUCACCUUGAAAAAAAAAGUCUGCAUAUGGUACCAUUACCUUGGUUUGAGUUCCUUCAAAUUGUUUAUUUGAUAAAAGACCUUUUUACAGAUAUUUCUGUGAAUGAUUGUAAUUAUGUGUAAUUUAUCAAAUGCUGAUUUAUUAAAUUAUGUAAAUCUGGUUACUUUAAAUCAGUUUGACAGUCAAAAUGAA